AUGGUUGUUGUUGCUAUUGCCUACAUGGCUUUCGGGCCUGGGGCCCGUUGGUUUUCUGACGAGAGUCUCUUCUUUCGAGGCCCGUGGGGACUCGUCGGGCUCCACAGCAACGUGUAUCAUGGCAGAAUCGGGCUCCUACGGGACCGUGAGGGCUUCUUCAUAUCCUCGUAUUUGGAUAGGAUUUUCGGGAUUUCGUUAUUCACGUUCAGUGCCUCAAAGAUGAGGGCCUCGUUUCACUUUGAUCAUGGUGUGGAACAAGCCUGCCUCCUUUCCAUGAUAAAUUUCGUUGGUUGUUUGUGCAACAUAGAGAGGCUGAGAGUGAUUGUCGAAGUACCCUAUGCCGGUGUCAGUCUUCAAGUACUGAGUUUAGUAUGCGUUGAGUGUGUUGUCCCCUGUUUUAACGUUGACAUAUACUUGCCUAACCUCGAGGUACUGAGUUUAGUAUGCGUUAGACAUGAAGGAGGGACCCUGAUUUCACAUUACCUGGUGCUUAAAGAUCUGACUAAAAACUUGAAGUUGAAUAUUGCUACGUGUAUAAGGACGACAACCCAGAAAACCGGGUCCGGAGGUUGCAUUGUCCUACACUUAAACAACACGGCCUUAGAACUUGAGGCUACUGCAAUGCCUUCACUCAUCGCUGCAAACAUUAAGUUUGGUAACUUUGGUCAUGGUGUGGAACAAAUCUGCCUCCUUUCCAUGAUAAACUUCGUUGGUUGUUUGUGCAACAUAGAGAGUCUGGGAGUGACUGUGCCGCUCCCUUCCAAGAUAAUAUCAAUUCCCAGGAAACACGAGUCGGCAUCCAACUCGAGCCGGGUACAAUUAUCAAACCUGGGAAUUGAUAUUAUCUUGGAAGGGAGCUGCAAAUAA